AUGUACAACAACCCAAGUCACAUCAGUGACGACCCUUCAAGUCUUGUCAACGAUUCGAUCAUUGACCAAAGGUCAAAACUUCUUUUACACUCCAAUGAACACCAGACUUCAUUGGAAAUGAACGAAUCGAUCCACCUCCAUUCGAGUAAUGAUUUGUCCAUGUUGCAUGGACCUAUGGAAAAUCUUAAAGUUGAGAUUUCUUUGGACAACUCUCAUCCUGACUCCCAAUCCAUUCAACAACAAUUGGAAACCAUGAUGAAAACCAAAGAUAUGAAUCUUCUCGAACAAUUAGGACAUGUCCACGGUCUCUCUCAAGUUUAUCUUCAAACCUCUCUGCAACAUGGUCUUGCAUGUCAUGAAGUGCAUGAACGAAGAGAACGAUUCGGCUCCAACACCUAUCCCAAGAAAGCUUCUGUUCCAUUAUGGAAACUCUUUUUACAAGCCCUCAAAGAACCCAUGCUCAUUGUCUUGAUGGUCUUGGCAGUCAUAUCCAUUGUUUUGGGAGUUGUAUUCCCCGCUCCUGGUGUGGAGGAUGAGAAAUUGAAGGAAGAAGAACGACGAUUAGGUUGGAUUGAAGGAGCAGCUAUUUUGAUGGCUGUGUUCAUUGUUUCCUCAGUGAGUGCACUCAACGAUUGGCAAAAAGAGAGACAAUUUAGAGCUCUUUCUACUGCUGAAGAUGAUCAAAUUCAAAUCAAAACGUUUCGUUCGUUCGAGACAGUUCCUGAAAAUUCCAUAACGUCCACAACCUUUCAACACACUGCACAUGCUACCAAUAAUAAUCAUAAUGCUUCUUCGUCUUCGAAUAAUACUGGAGAGAAUUUCAUAUUAUUGCCAGCAAAAGAACUUGUCGUCGGAGAUGUCAUUGAAAUUGAUCAAGGCGAUUGCAUUCCAGCAGAUGGUCUGUUCAUUGAGGGACAUGAUUUAAAAAUUGAUGAAUCGUCCAUGACUGGUGAAACAAGAUUGAUUCCCAAAUCCUCUGAGAAGGCUCCAUUUCUAUUUUCAGGAACUGCUGUGGGAGAAGGUUAUGGCAAAAUGCUCGUGGUUUGUGUGGGUGUCAAGUCUGUAUGGGGUAAAACCUUAAAUGCAAUGAUCAACAAGUCGGAUGAAGACAAGAAGACUCCUCUCGAAGAAAAGUUGGAUCGAAUGGCCUCAUGGAUUGGUAAAUUUGGAGUGGGUUUUGCAAUUGCCACGUUUUUGAUCUUGUUAUUAGGAUGGCUUAUUCGAAAAGUGAUUGAAACCAAUUCUGGAAAAGAUCAAUGGACUUCGAAUGAUUUAUCCUCCAUAGUGAGUUUCAUGAUCAUUGCUGUAACCAUUGUUGUGGUGGCUGUUCCUGAAGGAUUACCAUUGGCUGUGACCAUAUCAUUGGCCUAUUCCGUGAAAAAGAUGAUGAAGGAUAAUAAUUUGGUGAGACAAUUAGCUGCAUGUGAAACCAUGGGAGGUGCCACAGAUAUUUGUACGGACAAGACAGGAACCUUGACAUUGAAUGAAAUGAGAGUAGUGAAGGCCAUGAUUGCAGGUGUUGAAUUUAAAAGUGAAACUCUUCAGAGAGAUGAAGAAUCUCACGAACAGAACUUGCCUUUGAUUUCGAACAUUCCCACGACUGUAUGCCAACAUGUAUUGCAUCUCGUCAGUCAUGGCAUUUCUGUGAAUUCCAAAGCAUGUUUGACCAAGCCUAAAAACGGAACAAUAGGGAAAGAUUAUGAAGUGAGCGGUAAUCGAACCGAAGCUGCUCUUCUACUCAUGCUCAGAGAAAUGGGUAUUGAUUAUCAACCUCUUCGAAAGCUCUAUGAAGAUGAGGUGGGUCAAAUUGUCAAAGUCAAUACGUUUACUGGAGCUCGUAAACGAAUGUCCAUGAUUGUAAAAAUACCACCUUCUAGUAUGGAGCAGCAAGGUCAUGACGACUAUUACUCCCAAAAUAUCCAUGCGAUCUUCGAUUGUACCUCAAAGGAGCUUCAGAAAUUGUGUUGA